AUGGCACGUAAUCCGGCCAUUGACCCUCCGCGAUUCGCUCCACCGGCGAGAGUUUAUUCGGCCACUUCACCUUCACCAUCGCAUUCACGAUCUCCUUCCCCUUCGCGUCACAACCGCAAUCGCUCGCAAUCCGACGAUCCUUUAGGCCGAGACCUUUCUCCAACUCGCACAUUGAAAGCAUUCACAUCGACACCGGGAAGCGAGGAGAGCAAGAGCCAGGCAGCUCUAGUACGCUUGAUUGAGAAGGCCUCGUCUUCAGAAAGAGCUUUUGGCAUCAGGAUAGCCCAGACGUGCAAGGACAUCAAAGCCUGGCACGCCGAACUGCAACAAUGGCCUUGGGCUAAUUCAUUCGAGCCUCCGAUCCAUGCCACACAUGCCGUCGAAGGUCCCUACUGGGGCAGCCUUCGAGAAAGCCAGGUUAUAGCAUACGAGCAACGCAUUCAGGACAUCCGCGAAGCCCUGUACAACCGGGAUGUUGACGAGCUUAAGGAUUAUGUCCUCUCCCAACACGUCCAGCCAAAGUCGUCCGACUUUGAACUCUACGAGCGCCUCGACGACUUUACUGCUUUGAUCACUGCCACAAUCCUGCAUGCCCUGCCCGAUCUCUCGCGUCUAGGUCGCUUGUUAGAUACUUGGUCGAUGCGCAUCACGCUAUUGCGCAAAGUCCCUGGCUAUCUCAGAGGCCUCGAUCAAGCCAAGACUGAAUUGGAUAAUGCUUGGUCUGGCAUGGCUCAACAUCUUCGAGACACGAAUGAUACACCUGCUGUACGCAGUGCUUUCCACGCUCUCCAAGAACAGUUGGAGUCACGCAUGGGCAAAGUUGGCGGACGACUUGACUCCAUGUUGGACGACCUUGAAGGACGUGAAGAAACACUCCCAGAUGCCUGGAUCGAUACUUUUGAAUCGCUUGAAGCGAGUUAUAGUGACUGGCUUACUCAAACCGAGCGUCACAUAGUUGGUCACAAUAUGCCGCUGCUUGUGUCUGCCCACGCCAAAGACAUUUCUGCUGGUGUAGCUACUGGCGGGAAUUCUACAUCCUCUGUGGGUCUUUUAGACCGUGAAGAAUCUGCCGUUGUCCAUGCUCCUCCGGAGCUAGCCACAUCUUCAGAGGUUGGUCCGAACAUUGACCCAGCUACAGAAGAAACCUCUGUACCUGCGGGUCAAGAUGAUGAACAUGCCCUUGUUCAACCAGUUGAAAGCCCCAUCUUAGGAAUAAAUUCCGCGUUCCUGCCUGAUCUAGAUGAAUCCUCUGACAUUGAAAGCGACAACGUUUCGAAAGACUUGGUGAGGGUACCCGUUUCGCCAAUUGGUACCUCUCAGCCGGCUGUGUCAGCAUCUGACUCCCNNCUUCAUCGGGCCGGCAGCCUCAAGUCGUUGUCAUCAAACCUCUCACGCUCGCGGCAUGUACCUAUUGUUGUCAGCUAUAAUGAGGGCGCGUCACCAAGUCCUGUAUCCUCGAUUGCGCCAACUCCAGACGCAGGAUCUCCUGCUGUAACUGCUGCGUCCCCAACGCCAGCCUCAGAGCAGGCUUCUCCGGCUAUGAAUAGUGUUCGUGCCAAAGCAGCUUUCCUCAAUGGAGGCAUUGAGCGUACCCAAUCGCUGCAAAAGUCUGUCAAUAGUCCUGUCCGACCCUUUGAACAUGCUUCCAUGGCCUUCACAAAGCUAUUCAACAAGACCAACAAUACUUCCAACGGCAUUUCUAGUCAUUCCAGGAACAGCUCUACUUCCAGCCGAACAAGCAAUCGCAAAGGACUAGGGCUGGGCAUCAAGAAUCAUGAGGGCUUCCGCCACUUCCAUCGCUCUGCAUCUUUAACAACACCUGCACCUUCAGAGAAAGAUGGUGAUAGGGGAGCCANNGCAAAAGUAUCCCAACUUCCUGCGCAAUCCUCGUCAUCGCCAGCCCCAGUGAUAUCUUCUAGUCCAGAGCAGGCCUCGGCAACUCGUGCCGUCUCCCAGCCUGCUCCUAUCAGCUUUCCACAAGACCUUCAAAGGCCAAUGGAUGCAUUCGUGACACCAGAGAUCGAGCAAGACUACUUCCCCUCUACCGAAAACAGCAAAUCCACACUGGAUUCGAAUUGGGACUCACCAGCACUUGUCGAAUCUCCAGAGGACUGGCCUCUACCUGUCAGAAUCUAUGAUGAUGAAAUCCACACGCCCAAGGAUCCUAUGGCCUCUGAUAUGUUUGAGAAGAUGUUUGUCGACAGUCUACCUGGAACGCCACAGACCAAAUCGCGGCCACCAUCCCAAGAAAGCAAUCCUUUUGAAAAGAUGUUCAGAUCGAAACGAUCGGGUUCGAAGGAGCCGCUUUUCGAUGAUGCAAUGCUUAACGACAUCUCUCAACAUAGACCCCGUAGUGGGCCAUCAUCACCUGUCAGUCCAAGACCAAGACAUCUGUCCAGACCUAGCACCACGAGCCUACCCUUUGAGCCUAUCACGGAACUGCCAACGCCUGGGUCAUUUGAUGCGACUCCCGAGGUUCAAGAUGCUUCACCGGUGGGUUAUUUCAGGGCCAAGCAGGUGCAGACGUCACCAGGAAGUAGGGUAUCCNCCGUCCACGCGAGCAACGCUUCAUGGAGCAACUUCAGUUCUGUAGGUGCUGGACAUGAGGAGGUACUCGAAGAAUCUGACGAUCACGACAACGAACUCAACUCUAAGAAUAGGCGUUCAAUGAUCAAGAGAGCUUCUGUGACCUCAAUCGAGGCUCACUCGAGAUCAGAGCUGAACACAAUUCAAAUACCUGUUGUGUCUAGACGAUCUAGUCUCUCGGCCCCAGCCACCGCUAAGCCAACCAAGGAACCGCUAGGAGAUGAUUUUUACGAUGACCAAGAAGAACUCGGUGGCGAACCACCAGCAUUCGGAUUGCCUCCAUUGACAGUGCGUUCCGAUACAGAAAGAAGUAGCACCGCCAAAACUGUUGGGGCCACGAAACCUCCUCCACUCAACCUUGAAGUUCAAAAGCGUCGCUACGUUGUCGAACCCGAGGCUACACCUAAAGCUUUAGAAACCAACCGCAGCAUUUCUCAGCCAGAGACGGCUAGAAAGGGACACAAGCGUAAUACGUCGAAUGCUGAACAGCUGGAUCGUCAUGUCAGCCGUGUUCUGAGCGCUCUGCCAUCUCGUAUUGCUUUCAAGCCUUCUCUCUCGCUUCCAUCCCAUGAACCAUCCCGCGAACCGUCCCGCGAACCGUCCCCUGCGCCAACCACUACUCCUGGUGCCUCUCGACCACGUCCUGCGAUAUCUAGCAAGCCGCUUCGCACUGGACUCACUCUUUCUGCCGUUCAAUCUGAUUUGACAUCCAGAAAGUCGAACGCAAACGAUGCGGAUGGAAAGAUGUACCAUUUGACGCAGGAAGGAAAAGAACAACCCAUCAAACUGUUCGUUCGUCUGGUCGGCGAAGGCGAACGUUGUAUGGUCCGUGUAGGUGGUGGUUGGGCUGAUCUCGGCGAGUACCUACGUCAAUACGCAGAGCACCACGGCCAUCGUACUUUUAGUGACGGUAAGCUGGAAGUGGGCGGCACACGUAUUGGUGGAGGCGCCAAAACUCGCACACCACUCAGCAGACCUGGAAGUGUUCUCGAUCGUCCAGACAGCAGCAUGAGUCUACACAGUCGCUCGUCUUUCGGUGCUGUUGGGGCCCCAAUGCCAUUGGAUAUGCUACACAGCAGUCCUUCGGCCACUACUCAACCCAUUGACCUCACGCCUACUACCACACGCAACGGUGCCUAUCGCACUCCGACCGGGUCUGUUAAAAGUUCUUCACGCCCGUCUACCGCAGAAACUUUCCUAAACGCCUCUCCUUCGUCAUGGUCAGGCCAGGAGAUCGGCCUCGCAGGCCCUUCAGCCAAACACUCAAGAGGCAACCGUGAGCUUGACGAGCAAAAAGCACGCUGGGUUGAAGAAAUGAUGAGUCGAGCCAAACAAGCCAGUAGUGUUGAGAGAAAGAGAAGCGAGACUGAUCGCGCCGCCUGGGCAGAUAUGGGCAAAGUCGGUGGCACACGUCGCAUGAUGUUCCGCCAUAAGACUGGGGGAGAGAAUGGAAGUGGCUAG